AUGGUGAAGAAUGAGGAUGGCACAUCUUCAUUAUCUGAGGACAGCAUUGCCAAACUGCAACUGAAGGAAAAAGACAGCCUGAAAAUUGCUAGCACUGCAGAUACAAAUACUGAUGAUGACUACUAUGAAGUGGAAAAGGUUUUAAGAGUAAGACUCAACAAGCAGUUCCACUCAGAAGAAUACAAAGUUAGGUUUAAAGGGUACACCUCUGAUGAUGACAUGUGGCUGCCGAGCUCUGCUUUUAAAGAGCCUGUCACUUUCCACACUGUUUCAAAAAGGGGUCGUCUGAGAAAGCACAGGAUGAAAGAGGGAUCAUCAGCUCCUGAAACCCAAGGAAAUAAUCCAAGAAGGACUCCUACAGAGACUAACCUUAAAAGGAAAUAUGUCCACGAAUUAAAGACAGGUAAUACAAAUAAUCAUUUUAUACACCUGUAUUCUUUUAUAAUCGCUAUAAUGGGAAUUGGAGCAGAUAACGUACCUCUCUAUGUAGCCAAUAUAAUAUCUUAUCUAAUUUGUUUAAGAUCACACAGAGGCAACAGCAGACAUGGAGACUGAUAGAAUCCCCUGUAAUCUAAUGCUAAUGUGCUAGAAAUUGUUGAUAGUAAUCUGAUCUGGGAGAUCAUGGUAUCAAUUAGAUUGAAAGAAAGCCUCUGAUACCUAAUUUCUGUUCUUCUUUCAGAGGAAUAUACAGGAAGGAAGAAAAUAAAGCUCUUGAAAGAAGACUCAACUAAAGGUAUAAUCCAAUCCAACAAAUCAUGUUAUGAAUAAAGGGACAGCUAAUCAAAAAGCCCGCACUAAAAUAUCUAAAGUAUAUAAUUUUCUGUAAAUUGUACACACUUCUCAUUCUGUCUGGACACAUUCCCUUAGUUAACAGUUGUGAGAAAGUUCUCUUUGCUCGUUCUCGCUUGUUUUUCUAAACAAAUCACUGACAAAAUGACCGAAGAUUUAUGGAAAGGAAAACGUAAAAGUAAUGACUAAUAUUUCAAAUAGAGUUAGUUAACUUUGUUAACCCCUCUUAUUAAUUUUCAAUGCAAUGAAUAUAUUUCUGUAUUACAGAUGGCAAGGGAGACAAGGAGAGAGGGUCCAAAAGAAAAAAAGAUGUCUCAUGCUCUGCAAAAAGGUACUACAUGUAAGAAUUGUUUUAUGACAAAAGACCUGGAACUACAAAGUUCUUUUCCAUAAAAAAAUCAUAACCCGACAAUACCCUGACUGCCUGAGGCCUAGAUAUUACAUGGCUAUUGUCAUGGAUGAUUUCUUUAAGGUGCGUGUAGAUUCAUAUGGGCUACAAAAUAGCAUAAUAAAGGAUUUAAAAACACUGAAGUGGCUCAUGUCAUGUUCUGGUAUGUUCUCCUUACAUAUAGGUAAGAAGCCUAAAAAAGGAGAGCAAUCGAGAGAUGGAAGACAAACAGUUAACCAGAUGACAGGUAUCAGAGAUGAUUACCUGUCUUCAGAAGAUGAAGAAGAUUAA